UUCCCAACUUUACGAGAGAUCCUUCUCCUAAAACAUAUGGCCAACUCAAGGAAAAGUUUAGUCUUCAUUGUCUUCUUCCAUUUGUUCAUUCAAAUCUCAAGUGCAGGCAGCUACAAUGUGAUAACAUUUGGUGCAAAACCAGAUGGAAAAACUGAUUCGACCCAAUCAUUUCUGAAAGCGUGGAAGUCUGCGUGUAGCUCCUUGACACGAUCCACCAUCAACGUCCCUAAGGGAAGGUUCUUGCUUACAGCCAUCACAUUUAGAGGUCCAUGUAAGAACAACAACAUUAUAUUUCUGUUGAAUGGAACACUUGUGGCACCUCUCGACUAUAAUGCUCUUGGAGAUUCUGGGUAUUGGAUUUUGUUCACCAAAGUUAACGGAGUUUCUUUCAUUGGUGGCAAUAUUGAUGGAAAAGGCACUGCCUAUUGGGCUUGCAAGGGCUCUGGAAAAAAAUGUCCCCCAGGAGCAAGGUCAAUAACCUUCAAUUGGGCAAGCAACAUCAUAAUUAGUGGGCUAACAUCAAUCAACAGUCGACAAACUCAUAUUGUGAUCAAUAGUUGCAACAAUGUGGUGGUCAAGAAUGUGAAGAUAAUGGCUCCAGACCAAAGCCCCAAUACUGAUGGCAUUCAUGUGCAAUCCUCCACUGGUGUAACUAUCUCCGGAACUACCAUUAAAACGGGAGAUGAUUGCAUUUCUAUUGGUGAUGGAACAAAAAAUUUGUUUAUGAGUGAUAUUAAAUGUGGGCCCGGCCAUGGUGUAAGUAUUGGAAGCUUAGGAAAAGAGGUCAAUGAAAAUGGAGUUGAAAAUGUAACAUUGGUGAAUGCAGUGUUCACGAAAUCGGAUAAUGGUGUGAGGAUAAAGACAUGGCCUACGCCUAGCAAUGGUUUCGUAAAACAUGUUGUGUUUGAAAAUAUAAUUAUGAACGAUGUUAAACAUCCAAUCUUAAUCGAUCAAAAUUAUUGUCCCAAUAAUCAACGUUGUUCUGUCCAGGGUUCUGGAGUGAAGAUUAGUGAUGUGACAUACAAAAAUAUUGAAGGAACAUCAGCAACGUCAGAAGGUAUAACGUUUGAUUGUAGCUCCAAAAGUCCAUGUAGUAACAUACGAUUGCAAGACAUAAAGCUUACAUACAAAAACAAGGCAGCAACUUCAUCGUGCAAGAACAUUGAUGGAUCCACUAUCGGACUUGUCUUUCCACAAAGUUGCUUCUGACCAAACCAACUGUUACCUUUUAUUAAAUUAAAUUUUACUAUUUUCUAAUUUUCAUAUUUAAUUUAUUUGUCUAAUGUCAAUAUAUUUCUUAAGACAAUAA